UGCUGCCUAUCAGUGCCAUGUGCAUCAGUGCCCGUCAGUGCUGCCUACCAGUGCCAGUCAGUGCAGCCUAUCAGUGCCAGUCAGUGCCGCCUAUCAGUGCCGCCUAUCAGUGCCAUAUAUGAGUGCUGCCUUUCAGUGCCCAUCAGUGAUGCCUGUCAAUGCCCAUCAGUGCCACCUACCAGUGCCUCCUCAUCAGUGCCAUCUAUCAGUGUCCAUCAGUGCAGCCUAUCAGUGCCCAUCACUACAGCCUCAUUAGCGCACAUCAGUGAAGGAGAAAAAUCACUUAUUUACAAAAUGUUAUAA